AUGCUUGAUAAACACAUACCAGAUGGUCAUUUGGAGACCACAAGUGCCCACUGGAGAGACCUGAAUCAAGUUGUUCAGAAUGGGGAACUCAGUAUCGACGGCUAUAGCCUUAGUCUUGCCGAUGUUGUCGCGGUAGCGAAAUACGGCUGCCAGCCUCGGCUUACUGAUAAGCCCGAGACGAUCGAUGCUAUAAAUGGAAGUGUCAUAGCACUAGCCGAAUGCCUUCGAGAUGGGCAUCAUAUUUACGGCGUCAAUACCGGAUUUGGAGGAAGUGCUGACUCACGAACAAACCAAACGACCACUUUGCAGAGCUCCCUCCUUCAGCUACUCCAAAGCGGUAUUCUUACCGCAUCUGAUACUACCAAUGAAGGCUUACAGCUCAAUCUCCAAGAGCAGAGCUCCCACUCCAUGCCUUCUGAAUGGGUCAAGGCAACUAUGCUUGUGAGAAGCAAUUCAGUUGCUCGGGGCCAUUCAGCAGUGUCCCUGCCUGCAAUUAGCGCAAUUUUGCGGUUGAUUCGUGAGGAUAUCAUCCCUGUAAUUCCUCUGCGGGGAACUAUUUCCGCGUCUGGGGAUCUCAUGCCACUCGCAUACGUUGUUGGGGCUAUUGAAGGAAGUCCCGGGAUUUAUGUGCGCGUCAAGGACGGAUCGGAGCAUCAAGUUGUCACGGCUCAAAAGGCACUACAGACAAUUGGUGCUAAAGGAGUCACGCUGGGACCCAAGGAGGGCCUUGGUUUGGUCAACGGCACAGCCGCUUCGGGUGCUCUUGCCGGCUUAGUGCUCUAUGAGGCGCAUCAGCUGGCCGUACUUGCGCAGGCAGUCACUGCUCUGACAGUAGAGGCCAUACAAGGGAGCACAGAAAGUUUUCAUCCUUUUAUCGCCCAGGUGCGCCCGCAUGAAGGCCAGAUUGAAGCUGCGGAAAACAUUCUAUCUCUCUUGAAAGGCUCCCUACUUGCGAGAGGAAGUAGUACCACCCAAACUAGGACGGGCCUCGUGCAAGAUCGUUAUUCUCUCCGAACAGCCAGUCAAUGGAUUGGGCCCCAACUGGAAGAUCUUCUUCUCGCAGAUCGGCAAGUCCAGGUCGAGCUCAAUUCGACGUCAGAUAACCCGCUUAUUGAUACGGGCUCUAAGACCUUCUACACUGGAGGGAACUUCCAAGCAACUUCAAUUACUUCUGCGAUGGAGAAGACUCGACUUGCGUUGCAAAUGUUCGGGAAGAUGUUGUUUGUUCAGUGCAACGAGAUGAUAGACCCCAAUUUGAACAAUGGUCUGCCUACCAAUCUAGUCGCCGACGAUCCCAGCCUCUCCUUCACCAUGAAGGGGGUAUAUAUCAACAUGGCGGCCUACAUGUCUGAGUUAGCGUAUCUCGCCAACCCAGUUAGCUCCCACGUUCAGACUGCAGAGAUGCAAAACCAAGCGCUCAACUCACUGGCAUUUGUUUCAGCACGGUAUACGAUGAAGGCGGUUGACAUCGUGUCAAUGAUGGGUGCGUGUGCACUAUACGUUGCUUGCCAAGCCCUCGACCUGCGCGUCUUGCAGCUUCGCUUUUUCCAAAGAGUUCAGGGUGUCGCCAAAGAAAUUGCGAAUGGAGCUUUUGGAAAAGUGCUUGAACCAUCUGAGAUUGAUCAGGUAGCGGAUCAUCUUUCCGAAGCGAUCCAGAACUCUUGGCCAUCAACUUCACGCCUUGAUCUUCGCGAUCGCUGCAAGCGCGUAGCCGAGAUGUUCAUCCCCGUCCUCUUUGGGGCCCUGUUACAGAUGAUCCCACAAAAUCGGCAGACUUCAGACCUAUUUACAGCGAUCUCUGCAUGUAAGAUGAUAAGCGUUUUCAAGCUCGAAGGUGUUUAUCGGGAAGUAUUUGCCGAGUUUUGCACUUCGCAACCCACUGCCGACUUCCUCGGAACAGGGACAAAGGAGAUCUAUACAUUUAUUCGAUAUGAUCUUCGCAUCCCAUUCCACCAGGGUUUUGUCGAACACCCAUCAGCGAGCCAGACCGAUUUGCCAGAGAUGAUCAACGGCAGAGUCAAGAAGACGGUUGGGGGGUGGAUAUCAAUUGUCUAUGAAGCGUUGCGAAACGGGACGCUGAGUGGCACAAUCCUUAACUCUUUUCGACAAUGA